AUGGGCUACAGCUUUCUUCCCGAACGGGAUAUCUGGCAGCACGCGCCCAUUCUAACGGGCAGCACCAAAUUCGAACCACAGCGAGAUGUCAAGAAUAUCAUGAUCACAGGAGGUGAAGGCUUCAUUGCCUCGUGGCUCGUUCGACACCUCGUUCUCUCCUACCCCGGCAUUUACAACGUCAUAUCAUUCGACAAGCUAGACUACUGCUCAUCGCUCAACAACACCCGUGCCUUACGCGAGAAACCCAACUUCACUUUCUACCAGGGCGAUAUCACAAGCCCAAGUGAAGUUAUAGAUUGCCUCAACCGCUAUAACAUCGACACUGUCUUCCAUUUUGCAGCGCAAUCGCACGUCGAUCUCAGUUUCGGCAAUUCAUAUAGCUUUACUGAGACUAAUGUGUACGGCACGCAUGUCCUUCUUGAGAGCGCGAAACAAGUCGGAAUCAAGCGGUUUAUUCAUAUUUCUACGGACGAGGUCUAUGGAGAGGUUGCGCAUGGGAAUGAUGAUCUUCCUGAGGCGAGUAUUCUAUCGCCAACCAAUCCGUACGCUGCGAGCAAAGCAGCUGCGGAGAUGCUGGUGAACUCUUAUCAAAAGAGCUUCAAACUUCCUGUUAUUACUGUCCGAAGUAAUAAUGUUUACGGUCCGCAUCAGUACCCAGAGAAAAUCAUCCCCAAAUUUAUCUCACUACUUCACCGAGGCCAGCCCGUGAUCCUCCAUGGAGACGGUAGUCCAACUCGUCGCUAUCUAUUCGCAGGAGAUGCCGCCGACGCCUUCGACACCAUUCUCCACAAAGGCGAAAUCGGUCAAAUCUACAACAUUGGCUCUAGCGACGAGAUCUCCAACCUUGAGCUCUGCCAUAUAAUUCUUGCCGAGAUGGGCAUCGAUGUCAAAGACACAAGCGAAUUCCAGCGCUGGGUAAAAUAUACCCACGACCGUCCUUUCAACGAUCAAAGAUACGCCGUUGAUGCUACUAAGCUCAAAAUGCUUGGUUGGACGCAGCAGACGAGUUUUGAUGAGGGUUUGAAGAAAACGAUUGAUUGGUAUAAGCGCUAUGGUGAUAAAUGGUGGGGUGAUAUAUCACCGGUGCUGACACCUUUUCCUCAGGCUUUGAGCAAGCAACAGCAUGAGGAGCAGGUAGUGACACCUACAAGUCUUCCUGAGGAUUAA